GGCAGGAUAAGAACUGGGGCUCAGCGGGGAGUGGGACAAACCCCCCAGCUCAUGGUCCCUGCACACCAGGAGCAUUGCCAGAACAUCAAGAGGACAAGGACCUGCUGGAAAUGGCACCCCUGGUCAGGCUGCGCUGCAGGAUGCUGCUCACCUUCCUGGUGGUCCUUGGGGCGCCAGGGAGAGCCUGGAAGGGGCCAAGCCAUGAGUCGCUCUCAUUGGCCCCUCAAGCUGGAGACGGAGGCAAGCUCACAAAGCAGGAAACCACCAGCACUAACAAGAUGCUGCCGGGUCUUGAUGAAAUGAGCAAUCCUGGCUCUAGGGAAGGGUCUCAUCCAGACAAAGCCAGCCCGCUGCUGCUAGAGGAGUCAGCAAGACAAGCAUUGCUACAGCCAAUGAGCUCGGCCACCAAGACACCUGCUCCCAGGAAAAAGGUGCGAAAGCUGUCCCUGUCACUUGAUGUCCCCACCCAUGUACUGCAAAUCCUGCUUGACCUGGCCAGAGAGAGAGAGCUUCAGGCCAAGGCGGCUGCUAAUGCCAAGCUGAUGGCUCGACUCGGGCGCAGGAAAUAAAUCUCCCCAACUGAGGCACGGCUCCUUGGCCGAGGCUGGAGAAGGCAUGGGGCUGUUGGGGAGCAUGAGGUGGCAUUGGUGGGACAGCAGGAGAACACGGACAUGGUGCCUCAUCCCCCCGCUUGUGGCACCCCUUGCAUGAGCAGCAGCUGUGGGAGGAUUGGUUUAAUAACUGUCACCUCAGCACCACUGAAGAAGACACAGUCGGAUUUGCCUUCGCCGGGGCCAGCUCCAGAGUGCAGCCAGCUCCCAGCCCUGGGCAGCACAGGGAUUGCUGUGCACUGCUUCGCUCCUGGCUCACUCACUGCUGGGAUGUCCCCAAACAGGCUGCAUCAAACCAGGCAGGUUUUCCUGCAUCCCACCUCUCUCUGGGUGGCUGUGAUGCAGAAAAAUCCAUCCCAAAGCUCAAUUGAGCCUGGAAGCUGCCAG